AGAACAGUGCCAGUGCCUAGCACAUAAGCAUGGGUUAUUGUUGUAAAGGAGCAACUGAGUCACUCAGGUAUUUUCCUCCUAAUCCUGUGCCUGGAAUUUUUAGGUAAAAGAGAGAUGACUCAUGUACCCUCAUACCCUGCCCCCGCACCCCUAUGCCAGGAGUUAUUUCUGGAGCACUCGUAACAGUUUUUUAUUCUGUUCCCCUACGAGCCACUGACUCUUGAUUUGAUUCUAUCCCUACAAGCCACCUGGACUCUUCCUGAGAAACAAAGGAGCCUUGUGGGGCCCUUCAUGGUUUCUACCACCUUCCCUCCCCUUUCUCCCCAGUGCUGGUAUCUGCCCUCCGGAAGGCUGUGUUCCAUUCACUCGCUCCCAGGUGUGCCCUGGAGAGUGGGAAGGAAUAACUGGUCCCAGAUGCCCCUAUGAUCCAAGGGAAGAAAUCCGGACAAUGUGAAGUCACUAGGUUGAUGGCAGCAGCAGCUGGGGCUGCAGAGGCGCCGGGCCCUGGAGAGCCGCAGGCAGCGGCCUGAGUGCGGAGCCGGACACCCGGGUCCCAGAUACUACGGACACCCGGAGAGCCAGCUCCUUCGCCCUGACGCCUUCUUCGGCCCCCUACGCACUCGGGCCCCCUCCGCAGAGGAUUCGCAGCGUGAGCGCCCCGCAGCCCGCUCAGGACCAGCUCACAGGACUAAGGACCAAAGGCAUUUCUGGGCACUGAGAUCCUACCUCUCUGCCCGCAGCUAUGAGCAGACGUGUGGUUCGGCAAAGCAAGUUCCGCCAUGUGUUUGGGCAGGCAGCAAAGGCCGACCAGGCCUAUGAGGACAUCCGUGUGUCCAAGGUCACAUGGGACAGCUCCUUCUGUGCCGUCAACCCCAAAUUCCUGGCCAUUAUUGUGGAGGCUGGAGGCGGCGGUGCCUUCAUCGUCCUGCCUCUGGCCAAGACAGGGCGAGUGGAUAAGAACUACCCACUGGUCACUGGGCACACUGCCCCUGUGCUGGAUAUUGACUGGUGUCCACACAAUGACAAUGUCAUCGCCAGUGCCUCAGACGACACCGCCAUCAUGGUGUGGCAGAUUCCAGACUAUACCCCCAUGCGCAACAUUACGGAACCUAUCAUCACACUUGAGGGCCACUCCAAGCGUGUGGGCAUCCUCUCCUGGCACCCUACUGCCAGGAAUGUCCUGCUCAGUGCAGGUGGUGACAAUAUGAUCAUCAUCUGGAAUGUGGGCACCGGGGAGGUGCUGCUGAGCCUGGAUGAUAUGCACCCAGACGUCAUCCACAGUGUGUGCUGGAACAGGAACGGUAGCCUGCUAGCCACCACCUGCAAGGACAAGACCUUGCGCAUCAUUGACCCCAGAAAAGGCCAAGUGGUGGCGGAAAGGUUUGCGGCCCACGAGGGGAUGAGGCCCAUGCGGGCCGUCUUCACGCGACAGGGCCAUAUCUUCACCACCGGCUUCACCCGCAUGAGCCAGCGAGAGCUGGGCCUGUGGGACCCGAACAACUUCGAGGAGCCAGUGGCACUGCAGGAGAUGGACACAAGCAACGGGGUCCUAUUGCCCUUUUACGAUCCCGACUCCAGCAUCGUCUACCUGUGUGGCAAGGGCGACAGCAGCAUUCGGUACUUUGAGAUUACCGACGAGCCGCCUUUCGUGCACUACCUGAACACGUUCAGCAGCAAAGAGCCGCAGCGGGGCAUGGGUUUCAUGCCCAAAAGGGGACUGGAUGUCAGCAAGUGUGAGAUCGCCCGGUUCUACAAGCUACACGAAAGAAAGUGUGAACCUAUCAUCAUGACUGUGCCCCGCAAGUCAGACCUGUUCCAGGACGAUCUGUACCCGGAUACGCCGGGCCCGGAGCCGGCCCUAGAAGCGGACGAAUGGCUAUCUGGUCAGGACGCCGAUCCCGUGCUCAUUUCGCUGAGGGACGGCUACGUGCCGCCGAAGCACCGCGAGCUCCGGGUCACGAAGCGCAACAUCCUGGACGUGCGCCCGCCCUCCGUCCCCCGCCGCAGCCAGUCGGCCAGCGACACCCCCUUGUCGCAGCAGCACACCCUGGAGACGCUGCUGGAGGAGAUCAAGGCCCUCCGCGAGCGGGUGCAGGCCCAGGAGCAGCGCAUCACGGCUCUGGAGAACAUGCUGUGCGAGCUGGUGGACGGCACGGACUAGCCCCGCGCGCCAGGCAGGCGGAGCGGGGCGGGGCGCACAAGCUCGGCCCCGCCCCAGCUAUUGGUCCCGGACUCCGGACCCCGCCCUCUUGGGCGGGGGGGGGGGCCGGGGGCGGGACUGGGAGGGGAACUCCGCCCCUUACGGGAGACCAUAACUCUGGGAGCACAGGGGAGACCCACGUCGGUCCGGCGGAGGCUGGACGGCGCGCCUCGUCUGGGACCCGGCUGGAGCUGGCCUAGGGAGGUCUGGGGGGGCCCAGCAAUGGUACUGCACGGCGAGGUGGUGUCCCCCUUUGUCCUCUGCCCAGGGCAGGGAAAGUGCUUAGUAUUUACGCGAUGCUUGGGGACAUUGGAGCCUGAGCUUGACCUCAGAUGGGUGGCGAUUUGAUGGGUCCCCCCAGGCUGGGGAAAAUGACAGCGCUUCUCCUAAUCAGCUCACUGGUUUCCAUCACGCUGAGUGGUAAACCAGAUGGGCGUCACCCCAGUUCUGCAGACACAUACACAUCCCGUUUGCUGCAGAGCCGGACCCAGUGGUUACACCCACAGAGGUCUGUGGUAGAGCGCUCUCUUCCUUCUUUCCAGCGACAGGGGCGAGGGCGGCUUCCUCGCGGCAGCCCCCGCGGAGAAAUCUCGAGAGAAGUGGCAUGAGGAAUUAGGUUCAUCACAAAUACACACACACUGCCCCCAACCCUCUGCUGUUGCCUCUUUCAGAAAAACAAGACGUACUGAAUGAAACAUUUUACUAAGCGUUCAGUCUGUGCCUCCUGCAUGGGUGGGAGUGAGGGGAACAAGACCCCCAGCCUCUGCAAAUGCUACCCCCAGGCUCCUGGGAGACCUGGCGAUGCACUCCUGGGCUCAGGGCCCACCAGGCAGUCUCUUACCCUAGAGCUCUCCCCACUCUUGAGGUUCAGAAGGACCCCAACCCACACCGUAGGCGUUCCCCCCCCCCCCCCCCAAGUAAAGUCAGGUAGCAAAAGCC